AUGGUGGUCCCACGUGGAGAUGGGUCCCCCGGACCCCAUCCUGGGGGUGACAGAAGCUUUCAAGCGCGACACCAACUCCAAGAAGAUGAACCUGGGCGUGGGGGCAUACCGGGAUGACAACGGGAAGCCCUACGUCCUGAGCUGCGUCCGCAAGGCGGAGGCCCUGAUAGCAUCCAAGAAGAUGGACAAGGAGUACUUGCCCAUCGCGGGGCUGGCGGAUUUCACCCGGGCGGCUGCAGAGCUGGCUCUGGGAGAGAACAGCGAGCCCUUCAAGAGCGGCCGGUAUGUCACUGUACAGGGUAUUUCUGGGACUGGAUCUCUGCGAAUUGGAGCCAACUUUUUGCAACGGUUCUUCAAGAGUAGCCGUGAUGUGUAUCUUCCCAAACCAUCCUGGGGCAAUCACACCCCCAUUUUCCGUGAUGCUGGUCUGCAGCUUCAGGGUUACCGUUACUACGACCCCAAGACGUGCAGCCUGGACUUCUCUGGAGCCAUGGAUGACAUCUCCAAAAUUCCAGAGAAGAGCAUCAUCCUCUUGCAUGCUUGUGCUCACAACCCCACUGGGGUGGAUCCCCGGCAGGAGCAGUGGAAGGAGCUGGCGGCUGUGGUGAAGAAACGAAACCUCCUCGUGUACUUCGACAUGGCCUACCAGGGCUUUGCCAGCGGGGACAUCAACCGGGAUGCCUGGGCCGUGCGCUACUUCAUCGAGCAGGGCAUCAACGUCCUCUUGUCCCAGUCCUUCGCCAAGAACAUGGGGCUGUACGGAGAGCGUGCGGGCGCCUUCACGGUGAUCUGCAGCGACGCAGAGGAAGCCAAGAGGGUGGAGUCACAGCUGAAGAUCCUCAUCCGCCCCAUGUACUCCAACCCGCCCAUGAACGGAGCCCGCAUCGCCUCCAUGGUCCUCAACACCCCUGACCUCCGCAAGGAGUGGCUCGUGGAGGUGAAGAGCAUGGCCGACCGGAUCAUCAGCAUGCGGACCCAGCUGGUGUCCAACCUCAAGAAAGAGGGAUCCUCCCACAACUGGCAGCACAUCACCGACCAGAUCGGCAUGUUCUGCUUCACUGGGCUGAAGCCUGAGCAGGUGGAGCGGCUGACCAAGGAGUUCUCCAUCUAUAUGACAAAGGAUGGACGAAUCUCUGUGGCUGGAGUGACGUCGGGCAAUGUAGGUUACCUGGCUCAUGCCAUCCAUCAAGUUACAAAGUAAAGACAGAGGUGUGCCCUGGAGCUGGUGGCUUUCCCCUCCCCACCGGGUCAAAGCUGGGAAGGGAAAGGAAACAAGCACAGAACACUUCCAGCCAUGGCACUCAACACUGCUGCUGAAUGUAUCUCGUAGAUGAUUGUUGUAGAAGCCUUGUCCAAACCGCCCUGCCUUGGGGAGCGGGGCCAUCGUUGCUGGCUCCCACUCCUUGCAGCCCUUCUCCCCUGCUCUCCGUGCUCUGUCCCUCAGCCCCAGCACCCAGCUGUGCUGGAGGGAG